AUAAGAAAAAAUAUUUACGUGUAUGUGAAGAAGGAAGAAAACCAUGUCACUGACUCAGAUGAACUGUUGUCCUUCAAGGAUUUCCCAACUACAACUACCCAGUCUAGCGGCAUGGGAGGAAUUGCGCAAAUCAGCAUCAAUUCGCCAGAGAAGAACAGUAAUUCAGGUAUAAGGCAGGAAAGAGUUCUUGAAGAACUGAUAUACAGUGCUGAUUCUGCGAGGUCCCGACCUCCAGAAGACGAAAAUCCACCUGGUAUUAAAAAUUAUUCCUUCUGGAGCAUUAAGUACUAUCAACAAUUCUUCAAUGUGGACACCUUCAUGGUUAUGGAUAGAAUUGCAUCGGCAAUAAUUCCCAAGAGAGCUCCAGGUAGACGUAACCGACGAUAUCUCAAAUCCCAAAUUGAUGCCAAUCCAGAUCUCUAUGGACCCAUCUGGAUUGUCAUUACACUUAUCUUUUCCAUUGCAAUCAGUGGAAACAUUGCAAAUUAUCUACAAAACUCUAACUCCAACUAUCACUGGCACUACAAUUUUCAUUUGGUUUCGUACGCUGCCACAGCUAUUAUCAUUUACGCAUGUUUGGUCCCCUUAGCCCCCUGGGCAGCCUUCAAAUGGAGUUUAAAGCCUGUUAAUGCGGAUUUGGAAACUGAUACCACCAGCUACACACCAGGACUUUUAGCAUUGCUUUGCAUUUACGGCUACUCACUUGCAAUUUACAUUCCAGUUUCUAUCCUCUGGGUUAUUCAGAUCUCGAUUCUUCAAUGGAUGCUAGUGAUAACAGCAGCUUUAAUGUCCGGAACUGUUUUAAUUUCGUGAUGAUGCCAGCACUUGGCAAUUAAAAUUAUUAAUUACG